AUGAGUGACGCUAAAUUACAAAGAACUAUUCUUCGUUUCAAAUCGAAAAUAGAAAGUGGUGCCUACUAUGAAGCACAUCAAACUUUGAGAACAAUUACCAAUAGAUAUGUCAAGUCGAAUCAAUAUAGUGAGGCAAUUGAUUUAUUAUACCAAGGGUCGUCUAUUUUAUCAUCAAAUAAAGAAUAUGCAUCAGCCAGUGAUUUGAUAAGUUAUUUGAUUAACGUGUAUGAAGAGAGUGAUAUCAAAUGUACCAACGAAGGAAAUAAUAAGGACUACAAAUUGAAAUUAAUUGAAUUAAUUAGCUUGUUACCAGACACAGACCCAAGUUUACCGGACUUAGCAAAAAAUAGUAUUAGUUGGUCUCAAACUGAUAAACUGAAGUUUGGCGAUUGUGAUUUGCAUCAUACUUUCGGAACUAAGUUUUUGAAUAGUGUCAAGGAUGAAUCAAACAACCUUACUGAAGAUGACAGGCAGAAGUUAUUUGCAUACGCAGAAUCUCAUUUAAUAUUAGGUACACACGAAUCCUUGCCGGUUUAUAUCGAUUUUCUUUACCAAUGGUUCGAAGAGUCCAAGAAUGACGUGGAUCCAGGUAUUUUUAUGAGCAGAGCAGUUAUUAAUUAUUCGUACUUGAAAAACGUUAAGUUUGUGCAAGAAUCCAUUAAUAAGUUUAUGUCUAAGCUCAUAGUCAACCAUAAAGACUACGAAGUUAUCGAAGAAAGCGAAUCAAAAAUUUACUAUUACCAAGAUCCUAAUUAUCAAUUUGUCAACUUUUUACAAUUAUUAUCCAUUACUCUUACCAAAGAGAAUGCAGGUCAGAAAUUUAUGAAGUUGUACGACGAAUAUAAGAACCUAUUAGUGAAGUUCGAGUCUUUAGGACCAGUUGAAUAUUUAGGCAGAUUAUACUUUGGUUUAAGCUUAGGCAAUCCUCAGGGUGGUCAAAAUAUGUUGGCAAACUUGAUGGGUGGUUUAUUCAAAUAA